AUGUCGGAAGCCAAUCUCCAUGCCUCCCAGUGGCUCGAGACGAUGAGCUCACCAGCGGCCAUGCAGGGCACCAACAUGAAGUGGGUCAGGGGUGAAAGCUUGGGUCGGGGCACCCUGGGCAAUGUCUUUCAGGCCCUAGAUCAGGAGACCGGCCAACUCUUUGCCGUCAAGGAGGUCCUGAUCAACACAUCAGAUGCGGCUGAUGUUCAGUUCAAGCAUGCGCUGGAGAACGAGAUUCAAAUCUGCUCAGCUCUCAAACAUCCAAGCAUCGUCACGUAUCUAGGCCACGACUCGAUCGAUGGGUGCCUGUAUAUCUACAUGGAGUACAUGAUCGGUGGGUCGAUGGCAAGCGUGCUUCAUCAGUUCGGUGCUUUCGAGGAGAGUUUGGUCAGCAAGUACGCGCGGGAUAUGUUGGAAGGGCUGGCCUACUUGCACACACAAGAUCCGCCAGUUCUGCAUCGUGACAUCAAGAGCGCCAAUGUCUUGAUGGGACACAGUGCAGAUGGCGGAGAGCUAUGUGCAAAACUGGCAGACUUCGGCUGCUCAAAGAGGAAUGAGGUCACACUCUCUCACACGAUCAAGGGCUCCAUCCCAUGGAUGGCACCUGAGGUCGUGAAGAACGUAGGAUACGGAAGGAUGGCCGACAUUUGGAGUUUUGGCUGCGUCAUCAUCGAGAUGGGCACAGCUCAAACACCUUGGGGGAAGUUCGACAACCCCAUGGCUGCCAUGUAUAAGAUCGGCAUGUCUGGCGAGACGCCUCCGUUGCCAACCUCCUUCUCCCCGAGCUGCGCGGACUUCACCCAGCGCUGCCUGCAGCGCGAGCCCACGGACAGGCCGGCCUGCCAUUGGGGUUUAGGGUUCAGGGGUUUCCGAAAUUUGGGGUAA